CACUCGCUAAAACCAAAACGCCGCUCUUCCUGCCGCCCUAUCAGCCUCCUGCCCCUCUCCCCCUCUGCCUGCUCUCAGUUCCUCCUGGCCUCCCUGCUCCACUCGCCUCCGCCCCCUACCCCCGACCCCCGGGAGUGCAGCUUUUUCUCCAGGCGGAUGUCCACUAGCAUGGGGACCGUAGCUGGCGAUGAAGGGGCCCGUGGGGUCCCCCAGCCCACCCACAUCGACGUGCACAUCCACCAGGAGCCCGCGCUGAACCUGAGCUGCCUGCUGCGGCCUUCUGCCCUCCACGCCCCCCCUCAGACCGCGGGCAGCAGGCGGCUGCUGGUGGCCUCUGCGGUGCUGCAGAUCGUGCUGGGGCUGCUGAGCGGGGCCUUGGGAGGACUGGGCUGCCUCUCAUUGUACCAGCCCUGGCCCUUCCUGGUCAUCUCCCAGGCUGGUAUCUGGGCAGGGGCUGUGGCCAUGCUGGCUGGAGUCUCCGUCUUCAUUUACGAGAAACGGGGUGGCAUCCUCUGGGCCCUGCUGAAGACCCUGCUGGCCCUGGCAGCUUUCGGCACCGCCAUUGGCGCCACCUACACCGGGGCAUAUUAUUUCGUGGACGGAAGAUAUCUGUUCUUCAAUUUGUGCAGACCCCGCAACACCUGGCUGCCCACCGCGGCCCCCACCACCCCUGAGAGCGACCACAGGUGGCGCCUGUGCCAGUCCUACAUGGGCAUGUUCCAGGCCCUGAUCACAGGCCUUCAGACCAUACUGUUGAGCAUCUGGGUUCUGCUGAUUCUCACAUCUCUGGUCCCCCCGAUGCUGUUCUGCUGGAGAAAAUGCCGACCCAAGGCGGAAAAAGACCAGAAGGCACUGCUGGGAACCAGUGAAAUGUAGCCCUGCCUCUCCUGAGUGCUCGCACCUGGAGCUCCUUCUGCACCGGGCGUCUGCACCAGGCCCGGGACAUGCAACCCCGCAGCGGCCCCAGUUGUCCUCGGCCACAACCCUGCCCCACCAGCUAUCACAGCGCCUCUGGCCCAUUCCCUGCACACCCUCACCACCCUGCCCCGCUUCCUGUCCCCUCUGAGCAGUCAUGAUAAUAAACUCUCAAGUUGUGCCUCCCAGCUUCUCGCAUAGUCGCGCUUCCUCGUUGCCCUGGCCGCAGGGGUCGUGGGACAUGAACGGAGAGCGAGCCCACUCCCAGCCUCCUCUCUGUGUCGAGAGUUGCUGGCCCACUGUGGUUUUGUAAAAUGUACCCAUGUACAGUUUACAAGAGAGACCUCUAAGGCAAGGACACAGAAAGAUCGAGAGUAAGAGGAUAGGCAAUACAUAGCAGUUAAAUUGGUACAGCUCUAUUACAGUCAGACUUGAAGGCAAAGAGCAUUCUUAGAGAUAAGGAGGCCAGGUGUGGUCAGUCUUGUGCCAUUUUCUCCUUCCUUUUCCCAAUUCGUUCGUUCCUUCCUGGGACCGGGACCCCAUACCUCCAGCUAGAGGGGACAGCUCGUGGCCAGGAGGAUAUGCAAGAGCCACAAGCUGGAGAUGGUGCCAGAGCAGCCCUGGAUGGCUUCCCUUUGAACAUCUUUAGAUGAGAAAAAUAAACCCCUGGCUGAUUUUUUGAAAAGAAAAAUCAAACCAGUGACAAUAGCAACAGAACUGUAGGAAUGUCGUUAACUAGGAAUAAACCGAGACAUCCAAGAC